AAAAAUAUUGAAGUGAUAGAAAUUUUACCUAGAAAUUGACAUGACAUAACUAGGUACAGGUAUCUAUAGUAUACAUGAUGGCUAGUAGACGGGUUAACAGUGGGGAGCAACUGAGCACAGUAGCCACGCUCAUCAGUGAGGCCCAGACCCUGGACGCUAACGGAGAUGAGCUGGGUGCCUACAGACACUACCUCUCCUGUGUGGCCCAGAUGGCUCAGACACUCAGUGGUGACAUCCAGGCCAAUCAAGGUCAGGGGACGUUGCCUGAGAUACGGUGUGUUCAAUUGUUUAAGAUGGCGAGGAACUGUUUGGACAGAGGAGAGAAGAUCUACACCACGGCUAAACAAGAGCAGCGACCAUUAGCCCUGUUUCGACUGGCCUCUCCAUCACCGACCGUCUCACCCACACUGCUGACUUCUCCAGUGGAUAACGGGAGUUUCCCCAGACCUCUGGAAAAGUUCAACACAUGGCCUCACAGUUUGGGUCCCCCACAGAGCAGUUUGGUCAACACUCGCGCUGUGGUGGGGAGAGAGGGGAGAGAAGGGGGAGAAGAGCAAGCCCCUCCCAAACAAACAAGUCGUAUUCAACAUCAGUUGUCAUACAUUGAGAGGGCUAAGUUACGUAAUGCUCACAUGAUGGAACAGUACAAAGCCGUGCUCAGAGAGUCUCGCUCCACCAACAACCUCCCCUCAGAUGUACGACUGAGCAUGCUGCGACGACUGGAUGAGAAUGUGGGUGUGGCAAAGAUCAAAGAGCAAACUAUUGCUCGUAAACUAAGAGAGAGAGAGUUUAGAUUGGCACAGGAAGCUAAGGGGAAGAGCCACACCUCCUUGACCAUCCUCACUAUAGAUGAACUCUGCGACACCAUCACCAGCUACGAGCAUGGCAAGAGUGCCACCAGUAAUAUCAAGGCCAAGCUCAAUACAGCUGGCUCCAACGCUGACCAGAUCUACUCAACAGUAGCUGAGAUACUAGGCAUGAGUGAGCAUCCCCUGGCCAGACUCCUUGCCGAGGGGCAGUACAACGUGUUUAUGAUGCUGCAGCCGCUUGUGGCUGCUAUUGAGAAGGCUGGUGGUCUGCCACACCUCGAGAUACGACUGGACAACUGCAGUCUAGACAGAAAGCCCUCAGAUGAUGCACCCAAGAACACUGCUGACUCCAUUCCAGCAGUGAAGUCGUCAGUUCUCGAGGAACACCAAGAUGAUGAUGAUGAUGACCUUUUAGACCUUCUGACAGAGGACGACGAGGACCUCCUGGCUGAGUUGACCACCCCCCACAGUGCCAAGACCUCCCACAGCGAACCUUUGUACCAUGUCCUGGAGUCACCCAAUGAACACAGAACAGAGAGCCUUUACCAAGACUUGGAAUCUUCCACACAGACAGCUGGCAGCCUUUACCAAGACUUGGAACCCUCUACACAGGCAGCCGGCAGCUUUGACUUCACCUCUAAUGCGGCUUAUGGAACUGUAAAAAAGUUGAAUGAAGAAGAGGAGCCUCGCUACGUGUCUCGUGAUCACAUGACCUCGUCUGGUGGAGCCGUCUACACCAAUAGCCAUCAGGAACAGUCUCAACAAUUCUACAGUGUCCCACCCUCUAAAUCUCCUCUUUACGAAAAAUUGGAUGAUCUCAACGUCAAUAGCCAUCUGUACGAACCUUUGGAUUGUGUGGAAACCACUGAUGGUGGACUAUUGAGUCGUUCAGUGGAGCCAGUGUUCCAUAACCUCCCACCUCUCGUAUGUGCUGCUCACUAUGGCGAUGAGUCAUCUCUCAAUAAACUAUCAACCACUGCCGAAUCUGUUGUCAAGGAGGCAGUAAAGAGCAUAAGGAAGUUACUGGACACGCUUGAGGAGGUGUUUGGAAAGUGCUACCCAGUACUGAGCAGUGGAGACAAUGCCGAAGUGGUGGCCUCAGUCCUGGAGGCCAAUUUUUUUCCUGGCAUUCUGCAACCACUGACUUUAGUCUAUCGCUGUAAGAACUAUCGGGAGGAGUGCUCCACGGCAACAAACAUGUGCCAGAAUGUCAAUGCCACACCCAAGGACCUCGCAGUGCGUGACAAGUACUGGCUCAUUCAGCAGACGUACGCUCCGUAUGGUGAAGCUAUAGAUGAGUUAAGAGGUGUGCCCUCUCACACUAGCCCCACCCCCAAACUCAACGGCCUUGUGAGACUAAGCAAGAGGAUUAUCCAGUGUAUUACUGACUACCACCAGGCACAGGGAAACACGGCAGUUGACACUGCAGUAGGAGUGGACGAUCUUCUGCCUAUCCUGAGCUAUGUGAUUGUCCGCUCUGGUCUACCACAACUGGUGUCCGAAGCUGCCAUCAUGGAGGAGUUCAUUGGAGAGGGGUACAUGCGUGGAGAGGAGGGAUUCUGCCUGACCUCUUUUAUGACUGCACUCAAAUUUGUGGCACACAUGUCUAGUUAACCCCUUCAGGACUGUUUUUACUCAUUUAUCAUGAAUAAUGCUUUUGUGCAAUUUUAGUUUUUAUAGGUCAUCAUGAUCAUGCUAAAUUUUACUUGA